UCACACGGGGCGCCCGCUCCUCCGCUGCUCGGUUUAUGUUCCGGGUGAUACUGCUCUUUUCAAAGCAAAGGAAAGUCUGGGGCUCAUGUGUCAACAUCCAGGGUUUCCCCCGGGGAGGCGUAGCGUUAUCGUUAUUCCCAAAGACCUGAUGUUCCUUUGAAGCAGUCUUUUCUUUUCGUUAGCUUGUUCAUCCUCGGAGACGGCGGAAUUUCUGACUGCGAAGACCAUAAGACCAUCUUUGACUACCGCUGCUUUCACGUUAGCUAAUGUGAUUUUAAAGGAUGACAGAGUGCAAAGUGCAUAUAGCCUCUCCAGUCAUUUGAUAUCGUCUGGGGACCUGUUAGCUUAGCCAACUAGCCUUGUUGUUCGACCAGUCCAAGGAAACACGGCGAAACACACUGCUGACAUGAUGUUUCCUCAAUCAAGGCACUCGGCAUCCUCUCAGUCCAGUCAACCUCUGAAGUUCACCACCUCUGACUCCUGUGACCGCAUCAAGGAUGAGUUCCAGUUCCUCCAAGCACAAUACCACAGUCUGAAGUUGGAGUGUGAUAAACUGGCCUCUGAAAAGUCAGAGAUGCAGCGUCACUAUAUCAUGUAUUAUGAAAUGUCUUAUGGGCUGAACAUUGAAAUGCACAAACAGGCUGAAAUAGUGAAAAGACUCAACGGGAUCUGUGCUCAAGUGCUGCCUUACCUUUCGCAGGAGCACCAACAGCAAGUCAUGGGCGCCAUAGAGAGAGCCAAGCAGGUCACACCUCCUGAGAUGAACUCCAUCAUACGGCAACAGCUUCAGGUGCAGCACCUGUCUCAGCUCCAGGGUCUGGCCCUGCCUGUGACCCCACUGCCCCUAGGCCUCACCCCACCCUCCCUGCCUGCUGUCUCCUCCAGCUCCGGCCUACUCUCCCUCUCCUCCAUCUUGGCCAACUACUCUCAUGGCCAGCCACCGACAGUGAAGGAGGACAAGGCCAGAGAAGCUGCGGAGAGAGCGCCCAGAGGAGAGGAUGGCGACAAGUCAGACUAGUGCAGACACAGCAAGGAGGUUAGGGUGGGGGUGUGUGUGGGGGUGUUAAAGGUUAAGCUGUAACUGUAUAUGGUGAUUGAUGUAAGUCUGGCUGCUGAAUGUUGUAGAACAGAAACCGCAGGGAUGAUGGAAAAAGGAUGGAGCUAAAAACUUUUGGAUGUGCAGAGGAGGAAACUCUCUAAAACUGCGAGUUAAUGCUCUUAUUUAGUGGUUAUAGAUUCGGUUCUGGCUUCUACACUUUAAUAGAUGCUUUUUUUUUAUUUAGUGUAGGCCAUUGUUGUUAGAGUUAACGCAAGAUUAAUGUUUUCCUGUUUGGAGUGAGAGUUGAGGAUGAAACCAUAACAGCAGCUUCCUGAACGUGAAUCUGCCUUUGGCAGAUUUAUUUUUCUGACUUGUGUCAGUGCUUAUGUCCACUUCCUCUGUAGUCCCCCUCAUUGUUUCUCGCUUGCUGAUAUGUUCCAGUUCCAAUAAGCAGUUUUAAGAUCAUCCCAGUUCUCUGGAACUCCUUCUCCUCCAAGUAUGACAUAUGACAGCUCCAUCUUCAUAUCUUCUGAAAUAAAAACCUCUUUGGUUAGUUUUGUCAUGAAUUCAUCUUCUUGGAACCAAAAGACAUCUUAGUCUGAUGUUAAUUGUAAGUUUUUAAAGAGACUUCUUACUUGUCAGGUGAGUCAAGCCUAAGAUAUCAGUAGUUGGGUAAGAUACACAGCUUGGGAGUUAAUUCAUGUUUCAUGGGUUUAGCUGUUGCUGCUAUGUGUUAGAUUGAAUUUACCAUGAUUUGUCUUUUAGAUGAGAGUUCAAGCUCUGAAUUCUUUUUCUUUUCAGUUGAUGAUUGGAUUUUUGACUUGUUUUUGUGAAGUGAGGCAAGAGCAUCAUUAGUCCUUAAAAGGUAUCUGUGUGUUUGAGUGAAUGUGGCUGGAAAGAAGACAGUUGUUUUACUUAAUGAUUUUCUUUAAGUAUUUUCCUUGUACCUUUGGGCCAAACAAUGUUCCCACAUUUAAAAACUUGCUACAUUUGUCAUGAAAAAUGGAAUUUGACUAAAUUUGAACAGGACGUCAUUUUAAAACCAGACAGAGGAGUACUGUAUGCCUUUUAGUUUAGUUCAGUUUCUACUAAUACUGUAUCAAACAGUGGUGUUUUCAUGUCUUUUUAAUUUUGUGCACUCCCCCUGCUGUUUUUGUUUUUAAUAACCCUAAUCCUACAAUUUCCUAAAUUGCAAAAGCUUGCAUGCCAAACAAUCCCUAAUCAUAACCCUCAAGAAAAACACACACUUUUGCAAAGAUAUUUCAACAAAACUUUAUUGAAAAAAACAAAAUCUCUUUAGCACAAGCUCUGUUGCAAUACAUACUUUACUGCAUACAGCAACUGUAUCUGGAUAGGCUAUAUUUUUCCCCACCUAAUAGCUUGUGCAUUUCUUUUUUUGAAUUGCACUGUGCAGCAGUAUUGCCAGUCAAACAGCAAACUUAAAAAUCAACUAUUUAUCAAAAUUCAGAUAAAUCUGAAUACAGGUCUCAGCAGCCAUUUAUCCUGUUAUUAGAUUGGGUCUUACUGAAUGGGAUGCUACUAGCAGACACAUCUCACCUCAAAUUCAGCCUUCUGUUAUGUCAACAUGUUGCUGUUAACAUGACCCUCCUCAUGCUUUAUGUAGACCAGGGAUAGCCAACUCCGGACCUCUUGGGCCAGUGUUCUGCAGGUUUUCGAUGUUUUUGCCUGUUGCAACACACCAAACUCAAAUGAGUGGGUAAUUAGCAGAUUAGCUGUACAAAUCUGGGUCUGAAUUAAGUGUGUGACAGCUGGAAACUUCUGAAACCUGCAGAACACCAGCCCUCGAGGACCAGGAUUGAGGAUCCCUGCAUUAGCCAACUGAAACUUAAGUUGUUCUAAUUAAUUAGUUUUCAAAUGCAAGAAGUGAGUUGUAGGUGGGGGGGUAUGGGUUUGCAAUUUGGUCAUUUGAGCAUUAUUUGUAUAGCACUUUUCUUAAAGUUACACUGUGCUUCACAAGGAGGGAUUAUGUAAGUUAGAUCAGAUGGAUGUUCACAAAAACACAGUAAACGUUUAACACUCUCCUGCAGAGCACAAAAGAAAUAGAUCCAUUUCUUACAGCUGGAAAAAUCUUAACUGAUCACCGAUUAAAAAUGAUGCAAGCUCAGAAAACAACAGAUUAAUGUUUUCAAGUUGGAAACACAUCGUUGUGUCUUUGCCUUUUGAAAUAAUUUAAUAUCCAGUUAAUCAAAUGUCAUAUGCUGAAUUCUUUAUGAAAUGAAAAAAAAAAAAGAAAAAAGUUGUAGAUGGCAUGUUUGAAUUUGGUGUUUUGAUUGAGAAAUGUUCACUAUUUAGUCAGCAGAGGGCAGCAAUGCUUUUCAGGUCAGAAUAAGGUGCUUAUGGCAGGUGUACUCUCAUUUAAAGAGGUGGAGCCAAAGGGGGGCCAUGUCCACCACCGUCUUAAGCCUGACCACCUCACAUGCCAUCCCACACAACCAAUAGUCAAGUCCUUCAGAGGACCACUCAUGUACUCAUAGAACUAGAGUUGCAUGUAGAAACUACUAAACUAUUAAUAAAUAAGUAGCUCUUUAUUUGUAUAGCACUUUAUACCACCGGAUUGUAGCACAAACUGCUAUAUAAAGAACUGAGUAAACACUAGCAUUUAGUAGGUUUGCUAUUAGGAAACAUUAGGGGCAGAUAAAAGCAGUUGCCAAAUUGUUUAGUUCUUAAAUCCUAAAAUGGUACCAUUAAUACCAUAAAUUUAAAUAAAAUUAAAAGAACAAUGUAUUAAAAUUUUGUGCUACAGUAAAAAUUAAAUAAAUCAGAAAAACUACACAAACAGUGAAGUGAAAAUGAAUAUAUAAACAAAUAAAACAGACACAAAGACCAGAGUAAAAAUAUAAUAAAAAUAAACCUUUAUAGCGGGAGGUAAACCUGGCUGUAACUUAAUUGACUUGAUAGAAAAAUGAGUAAAUAAAAUUUUAUCUGCAAUUCAGG